AAUCGUUGCAUCUCUUCCUUCCUCUCUUCUUCCUUAUAUGAUUUGACCCAACUCUUUCCUAUCUUCGUUCCUAAAAUCCCUAAAGUUUCAAUGCCCAACUGCAGAAAGCUCAUUAGCUCCUUCCUUCCUCUCUUCCUUCUACACUCUAAUUAACUACAGAAAGCCACCAGCUCUUAAGCCCACCAGCUGGCCACCACUUUUCUUUCUCUCCCGCCCACCAGCUCGCCUCCAUUUUUCCUUCUCUGCCAAUACACACUUGCCACCACUUUUCCAAUCUUCGACAUUUCCUCCAUAGAUUGGAGACAAGGUUGUCUUAUCUACGAACUGUUCUUUGGUAUGAAGUUCAGCAAACAGAGGAGCUGAGGAAUCCCAAUUCCACUCCAAAGGUUAGCUAAUAUCAUGGAUGGAUCAUUCAUGUGUUUGCAUCUGAAUUUAAUUUGUUUAAUGAUCUAAGACACCCUCUACCCUUUUACCAUAGCAUAAUAGAGACUAAUUGCGGUAUUAGUAUGUCUAUUUAUGUAUCCAUUGAUUUUUCUUUCAAUCUUCUAAAAGUUUAAAUUUCAUUUGCGUGUUUAUUUUCUCGUCUUAUAGUCUCUGCUUCCAAAUUAUCAGCUGCUCUUGAGUCCCAUUCCUUCUCAUAGAUUGAACACAUCAAUGCUUAUAGAAAAUAGUGGCAAGUUAUUCUUUUUAACUUGGUUAAAAAGAGGUUAAUACUAUCUAAUGUGUGUGUUCUAUCCACAACUAUAUAUAUUUGUAGCUCCCAAAAUACUAGCUAUCAAAUGGUUGUAUCCCAUGUCUGUUAUAGCUGUACGUUCUAGAUUAUAUUUUCUCUUCCUUGUAUUCAUACUAAGGGUUGCUUGGAACAAUUGAUUACUCAAUGGUCAUUUAUAACUUUAGUUUUCCUUAUUUAAAAUUUAAUAUAUUUAUUGAUGUGUUCAUAUAUGUAAUGCAGACUACGAAAACAGCUUUGAUAAAUGCAUUUACUAUUCGUGCAUUGAGUGACAGUUUUUCAUCUGCUUAAGGAGCAAGAAUCAAAACUUUUCCAUUGGACCUAUCUUUGAGCUUUGCACCAUAGAUUAGACACAAGGAGUUUUCUCUAAAAAUAAUUGAAGACAAUGGACUAGGUUGACACGGGUCGGGCUUGGCUGAAAUCUCAUGGGCCAUGACCCAUAAAAUCAUUUGAACGUUAGGGUUUGAAAUAGAUAAAUUAUUUAAAAAUUCUCAAAGCACCUUAUUUCAAAUCUCACCUAGCUCUCCUUCUUCAACCCCUCAAUUUUUUUUUUUUUUUUUUUUAAUUUCACUGUAAAGAUCCCACUCUGGUUUUUGAAUCAAACCCAUGGCCAACAACAACGAUCUCUUCGCUUCUCUAGUUUCAGAUAUAAAGAACUAUACUGGCAAAGACCCACUUCUUCCUUGGAUCCGAGGAAUCAGGAAGAUGAAGGAUUCACUGCCUCCACCAUUUCUGAAGGAGAAGCUACCUCGGUUUCUGCAGAAAUGCGCUCAGACUUUCGACUCCGAUCCGCGUUAUAGAAACGAUUUACGCUAUCUUCGCGUCUGGUUACAGUUGAUGGAUUUUGUGGAUGACCCAAAAACACUUUUGAGAACUAUGGAGGCUAAUCGAAUUGGGACUAAGCACUCUCUUUUCUAUCAAGCGUAUGCUCUUUACUAUGAGAAAAACAAGAAAUUUGAGGAGGCUGAGAAGAUGUACCAUUUGGGAGUGCAGAACCUUGCAGAGCCUCUUGAUGGGUUGCAGAAAUCAUAUGAGCAGUUCCUUCAUCGCAUGGAGAGACACAAGAACCAAAGAAUCAAGCGGCAGGAAAGAAGUACAAAAAUACCCCUCUCUGCUGGGAGCAUUCCUCCCAAUGGUAGCAAAACUGAAGAAAACAAUGAAAAUGCAUGCAGUGUUGGGUCCAGGUUCACAGGAGCCGGAACUGAUGUAUCUGUACCUGGAAUGCAAACUCGAGAGAAAGAUGGAAGGACAAAGAGAAUACCAGAGGAAGGUUCUCACCUUGUGAACCCAUUGAUGGAAUCUAAUCGUAAUGAACUUAUCACAAAGACUGCACCUAGAAAUAAGCAGCAAAUUUCUGCUGAAAGAUUUUCAGAUGACGAUAAAUUUGUGGCGAAAUUUGUAGAUACUGCCAUUGUGGGAAAGUCUGAAGCGGAAGAUGCCUGUCAUCAUGGGUUGGUUGAUCCUACAAUAAACAUGAAAGAGGCCAUGAAUGCCAUAAACAGCAUGUUCCAGGAGCCUUUAGAGAGUGCUCCAGUUGGUAAGAGAUCAUUCCAAAGACGACAGAAAGAUGAUGAUAGGCUGAAAAAUGGGUUCAAGGUGUUCGUAGAUGAAAACCUGGGUUAUGGAACUGAACUAGCAGACCAGAGGGAAGCAGGUUAUCCUCAGUUGCAACAUAGUAGAAAAGAAACCCACCGGCCUCACCAAGAACCUUUAAGCAUUUUCAUUGAUGACGAUGUAAAUGAUGAGAUUAGAGACAGCAAUGAUGAGGAAGCUAACUUUGACCAUAGUGAUUUUGGCAAUCCGAGAGAAGGAUCUGUCUUAUCUUCUUCCCAUGCAAAUAUGUUUGUUUUUCCUAGUCCAAAGGAUCUUGGUUAUGAAAAUUCUGAUGAUUUGGGUGUACAACGCUCACCUCGAACAGGGUUUAGGGAGGAUACAGUUGUUUGUAGGUUUGUUGGAUCCACAAUUUCAGACGAGCCAGAGGUGGAGAACGUUUGCCACCAUGGCUUGGUAGAACCCACAAUCAACUUGAAGCAGGCCAUGGACGAUAUCAAUAACAUGUUUGGGAAGCCAAUAGAUUUUGUAAGGACCAAGAGAGUGAAGAAGCAGAACAAAGCACCAGAUACAGAAAAGGUGUUUGGUGGAUUUUCAAUACUUCCCGAUGAUGACUUGGAACAUCAACCAGUCAAGCCAAUUUCAAAAUCAUUGGGAAAAUCAAGGGGAUGUGACUUGUUUGAGCCUACUGUAACCACCAAGGAGGCCAUGGAUGAUAUAAAUAAGAUGUUUGGAAUGCCGUUGGACUUCUAGCAAUGGUAUAUUGUGCAACAGAAUUUUUCAGAUUUUGUUGUUGGUAGAUUUGAGUUUGUUCUGAUGUAGCAUAUGUAUUCCAAAUGCGAAAAAAUUACAGAUUCUUAUACUUGAAAACUUAUAUUAUAGGAGUGCUUUGCUGUCGUGUCUUGUUAUC